UGAAGUGGAGAGUUUCUCCGCAGUAGGAUCCUGGGUUCCUUCCUCGUCUUCAUUUCAACUUUUAGGAAGUUUGAAAGGGUUUCCAACAAACACUUAUUUCCGUCGUGAUGUCUGGCGGGAACAAGGAGGGACAAGAGGCUAUGAACAUGUACACUGUCACCCUCAGUGGCCCAGCACCUUGGGGCUUCAGGCUGCAGGGAGGAAAGGACUUCAGCAUGCCCCUCACUGUGUCAAGGCUUACUCCGGGUGGAAAGGCAGCUCAGGCCGGAGUUGGGGUGGGAGACUGGGUGGUCUCCAUCAGUGACACCAACGCUGAAGAAAUGACCCAUGUGGAAGCACAAAACAAGAUUAGAGCGGCGACAGACUCCCUGACCCUCAGCCUCAGCAGGGAAAAGUUCCUCACUGAGAUUCAGAGUCCUCGCUACGCCCGUCUGAGGGACUGGCACCACGACAGGUCUGCUCGCGCCCUCAAUAUCAAAGUCUGAGCGGCGCGCUCGAAGCCCCGAGACACCGAGCCGCACCGCGACAAAGACGACGACGAUAGCCGACUGUCAAACGUUCACCUUUCACAUGCACACGGGGUGAAACGAAGCCAGAGCCUAGAUGACGAAGCCCAAAGUGGAACCAUGCACACUGAGCCAAAGCGUCAAACCUCCUGAAUUUCUGACUUGAUGGUUUUCCACGUCACACUGGUUUACUGGGAGUAAACUGGUGGGAAUUCUUCUGUAAUUGUAAAGUUUAGACCCUCCUCUGAUAUGUCUGUCUUUUCCUUGUUUACAUCCGUUCAGCUCUUCAUCUCUAAAGUCCUCCUCUCUGUUCUCAUCUAAAAGGCAUGUACCAAAGAAAAAGACAAAUCUGUGCUUUUAUUUCCUGCUGUCAUCACUAACAUCUAAAAUAUAAAAAAUCUGAACAGGUAA